AGCGAACAUAAACAAAACAAACCAACUAGGAAGCCGCAAUGGACGAAAACAAAGACGCCAGCUUGCUGGUAAUCGUGCUCGAUACCAAUCCCUCCCAGCGCAUAAUCCGCGAGAAGCCGCACAACCUCACGCAAUGUCUCGACUCGAUCGUGGCGUUCGCGAACGCACACCUGAUGCAGAAGGCACAGAACAAGCUGGCAGUGUUGGCCUGCCAUCAUCAUGCGACCCAGUUCCUGUACCCAACACCCGGCAAACCGCUCGACAUCCGGCAGGUCGACGGGCAGUACGAAGUGUUUACACUGGUGGAGAAAACGAUCAAGCAGAAGCUAGCGCACAUGAUCAACACUGCGCCACCUUUAACGACACCUACCGAGUCCCUGCUGGCCGGCAGCAUGUCGAUGGCACUCUGUUACAUUGCACGGAUAAAUCGCAACAAAGCACCCGGUUCGAAGAUUAACUCGCGUGUGCUGGUCGUCACCGGGAGUAAUGAGUGUGCGUCACAGUACAUGACCUACAUGAACGUGUUUUUCACCGCACAAAAGCAGGGCGUUGUUGUAGAUGUGUGUGCCCUCGAUAAGGCGCUCAGUUUGCUGCAGCAAGGGUGCGAUAUUACCGGCGGGCAGUACCUUCGGCUGGAGCAGCUGGAGGGUUUUCUACAGUAUCUUUUGUGGGUAUUCCUGCCCGAUCCGCAGAUGCGCUGCAAGCUCGUCCUUCCGCCACCGGUGAAGGUGGACUACCGUGCUGCAUGUUUCUGCCACCGCGAGCUGAUCGACAUCGGUUACGUUUGCUCCGUUUGUUUGUCCAUCUUCUGCAAAUUCAGUCCCAUCUGUACCACCUGCCAUACCGUCUUCAAAGCACCGGCACCGAUCGCAGCCAAACCGAAGAAAAAGAAGCUUAAAGCGUGAAUCUUCAUUUACUCUCGAAGGCUAACAAUAAUAAAUGCAGCCUCUCCUAUCCAUCA